GGUUAUCUUGGAACCCAAGACCAUUCCCUUCAAGCCUCCGUGACUUCCGCGUUUCACGCCGUUAUUUGGCCUGACGAGAAGACGUCUGUGUGUUACGGCGAGACUGCCACCAAUUCUUUAAAGGGUAGCGUUUUCUGAGCGAAGGGAAGGGAACCCGCGAGGCUGAGCCGAUCUUCUUGAGUUGCAAGGCGAGAGUGUUGAGGAGUCGCGUGAGGAGAGCGGAGAGGAGUGCAGUGACCGCGGACGCGAGAUAAGAGGCGAGCAGAGGCGAGCAGGAAGUGAAGGGAGCCGAGCGGAGAGGCUGAGCGGAGAAGAGGACGAGGAGAGCUUAGCUGAGCAGAUCGCGACGUCUGAUCCGAGCUGAGCCUCGCUUGAGAGCGUAUCCUCGUUACAAGGGAUUUUUUCCGUCACUCGUUGAGCAAGCGGCUAGCGAAAAUGGCCUCGUCAGAAGCCGUGUCAAGGAAGCUCGUCGUGCUGGGCAUCCCCUACAGCAUGGACACGGAGGGCCUCCGCGAAUACAUGGAGAAGUUCGGAGCCCUCGAUGACGUCAUCGUGCUCAAGGAUCGGAGCACUGGUCGGUCUCGAGGGUUCGGCUACGUGACGUUUAGUCUUCUCGCGGACGCGCAGAGCGUGGCUCAGAUGAAGCACACCCUGGGAGGCCGGCAGCUGGAAGUCAAGACCGCCACUCCCAAGGAGGAGAUGUCCAAGGGCCCCAAGCAGUCCUCCACGCGCAUCUUCGUUGCCCGCGUCCCAACCACAGUCACCGAAGAUAGAUUCAAGAGAUAUUUCGGAACGUUUGGCACAGUCACUGAUUGCUACAUGCCCAAGGGCCACGGAUCUAACCCCCAUCGCAACAUUGGCUUUGUGACUUUCGAAGAUUCAGCAUCUGUGGAUAAGGUCCUGGAAGAGCCUCGCGAGAUGGAGGGAGCCACGCUCGCCAUUGACAGAGCCACGCCCAAGGACGAGGGUCCAAGAGGCGGUGGUGGCGGCGGAUACCGCGGGGCACCUGCCCGCCCCUUCCGCGCAUACCCCCCUGCUGCCAUGCCCCUGCCCAUGUCACCCUACGACUUCAUGUCCCCAAUGGCCGCCUUCGCAGCCGCGUACCCAUCGUACCCCCCCGCCAUGCUCUACGGCGGCGCCAGGGAAGCAGCUGCGUACGCUGCCCCUCCCCCGCCAGCUGUGCCGUCGCAGGGUUAUGGGGCGGCGGGCGGGCAGGGGGCGGGCGGGGCGGGGGGGAGCAGGGCGGUUCACCCGACGAAGAUAUUUGUGGGGAAGCUGGCGCACGACGCCACGGUGGGGGAGAUUCGGGACUACUUCUCGCGAUUCGGCCCCGUGGAGGACGUGUACCUGCCCAAGGACUCGGCCAAGGGCGGGCACAGGGGCUUCUGCUUCGUGACUUUUCUGGAGGAGGAGGUGGCAGCCUUCGUGGCCAAGAGGCCGCAUGAGAUCUGCGGCAGGCCGGUGGCAGUAGAACGGGCAACACCGCAGGAGGGCGCCCCCCCCCCGCCCCUGCCUCCGCCUCCUACCUGCCCUCCGCCUAUGCCUCUGGCCCCUCUGACCCCUCCCUGGGAGGCAGCUCAGGCCCCAGGAGCCCGGGGGGAGCAGCAGCAGCACAGGGCUACUACCUGGCAGCAGCGCAGCAGGUGUACGGCCAGGCGCCCGCUCCCGGCGCUGAGUACGGGCAAGCACCGCAGUACGGCAGUGCAGCAUAUGGUGACCUGGCAGGCCCACCGGGGACCAUGCCGUCUGACAGGGGCGCGUCCAGGGGCGACCUGCGCUACCGGCCCUACUGACCCUGCUCUCUGCUGCUGUCUGCCUGCUGCUGCCUGCCUGCUAGCUGUAUUGACUACCUCCUGCUGAUCGCCUCCUAGCUACUGGCCAGCUGCUAGCUACGAAUUUUUCAGUGCUAAGGUCAGGACAGCAGUGCCCUAAGCGCUGUUGCGGCUUGGAGAAGGCGGAAUGAGAUGUUGACUAAUCCUUGCUUGUUUGAUUAGGUACCCGCUACGUCAGUCUGCCGCCCUUGUUUUGGCCAACUGGCGGGUCCUGUGAAGGCACUGGAAAGAUAACACCGCGCCUGGUGUUCACUUGGAAAUUAACUAGGCUUCUUGUGGCGCUUUGAUUGUUUUAGUGAGAGCAACGGGGUGAGAGAAUUA